AUGAUACAAUGGCCCUAUGAAGACCCCUGGAAGACGAGAAGACUGGAGUGUGUAUAUUGGCGAGGCGUGCCUUGGAUUCCUCAUUAUCACUCCCUGAUUCGGUCCGUUUUAUUCACAAGAUUCCUGGCAUUGUUCGGAGCUUUCCACGAAUGGAAUGGGUAUUACCUUCGACAGAGGAAAAAAAAAUUGAUGAAGGUCGUCGGAUCCUUGUUAAAUAGCAACGAUCAAGAGAGGACAUGCCUGUCUCCCUGUCCUUGCGGAACCCCUGCUUUUGUGUCUCUUAACGAGUUCGUCCCUCAAUGCACCUCUCAUCGCUCUCAGUUAAGUUGUGAUUCCAAGCCCACUGUCCGACAUAAUGAUCCUCCAUCCGGAACAGUCAACUUGGUGAAGAUCGAAGAAACCGGAUAUGACCAAGAACACUUGAGAUAUAAUGGAAAUCAAAUCAGAAUUCACCCUGAACAUCAGAUUUUUUCCAUCCGACACCUUCAGAACAAAUAUCGUGAAACGAAAUAUUUAUCUCCUCUAUUCCCGAGCUGUAUUCCGUUACUCCUCACCCUUCUCUUCUCCGACAGUAGAUCACCUGAACCAUGUGGGCCGUUGAAUUUUCCGUUCCCCUUCGGAUAUCCUCCUACGCCUGGGAUCGUCGAUACUUCACCGCCAGCGGUUUUUCACUCAAGCAAGGAAGCGGAGAGAGCAUAA